CAAUGCUGAUGUCCAAACCCUAGCAAGUACAGAACUUUGCGUUAUUCCCAUAAAUUUUCUUUCCCAGGUAACACAGCCUCACUCAUCCUUUUGCGCACAUUGUCAGAUACGAAUCUUGCUUACCCACAAUACAUGUGAUGUUUAGGAUUCUGUGGUAUUUGAGGAUGUGGCCAUUGACUUUACUCAAGAAGAGUGGACUUUGCUAGACGUUGCUCAGAGGAAGCUUUACAGAGAUGUGAUGGUGGAAACUUUCAGGAACCUGGAUGCUGUCUCUCAACAGGAAAACAAUCUCCAAGAGUGGUCCAGUGAGCAUAUACUUCGAUUCAUGAAAAGUAACUUCUGGUCAUCCGUAUUAGAUGAAAUCAGUGGCAGUAAAAAUCACAGCAACCAAGAAAGGUCUUUGAGACUAAAUGUGGCAGAGACCAGCCCUGCAACUAUGGAACAGAAAGUGACGAACUACAAUGAAGUUGAUCGGAGUGAAAAAUGUUUCUGGAGGACUGAAUAUCCUCCUGUCUACAAAGGGACUGCUGCUGGUGCUGCUCCUUUUGGAUUCCAGGAGGGUUGUGGUCAGACAUUCAGUCAGUGCAUCAGAACACACACUGACUGUAAACAGUACCCAUGCACGGAACAUGAGGAAACUCAGCGCUGUCCCGCUUAUCUACAACCUUGUUCAGAAGCACUUCGUGGAGCGAAACUCUGUAAGCACAUAGAUUGUAGGAAAUCCUGUGCCUUCUCAUCACUUUUUACUAAAGUGAAAAGUCACAGUGAAGACCGGACUUACAAAUGUAAAGAAUAUGGAAAAUCAUUUUGUCAUUACUCUUACCUCAAAGAACAUAAAAGACAGUAUACUGGACAGAAGGCUUAUAGAUGUAGGGGAAGUGGGAAAGCAUGUAAAUAUCCAUCCACACUAGCUGUGCAUUUAAGUACUCACAGUGGAGGGACUCUUUAUGAACUUAAGGAAUGUGAAAAAGCCUUUAGUCAUCCAAAAGCAUUGACUAGACAUAGAAGUACGCACAAUGGAGAGAGGCCUUAUGAGUGUAAGGAAUGCGAGAAGAACUUUAGUAAGUCUUGGAGCCUAACUGCUCAUAUGAGAAUUCACAGUGGAAGGAGGCCUUAUAAAUGUAAGGAAUGUGGGAAAACCUUUAAACACUCUUCAACAUUAAAUACUCAUUGCAGAAUUCACAGUGAAGAGAGGGCUUAUAAAUGUCAGGAAUGUGGGAAAGCCUUUAAGCACUCUUCAGCACUAACUGAACACACUAGAGUUCACACUGGAGAGAGACCUUAUAAAUGUAAAGAAUGUACGAAAGCCUUCAAGAACUCUUCAGCACUCAAUAGUCACAGCAGAAUUCACAGUGAAGAGAGGGCUUAUACAUGUAAGGAAUGUGGGAAAACCUUUAAGCAGUCUUCGGCACUAAGUGCACAUAGAAGGAUUCACAGUGGAGAGAGGCCUUUUAAAUGUAAGGAAUGUGGGAAAUCUUUUAAGCACUCUUCAGCACUAACUAAACAUACUAGAGUUCACAUUAGAGAGAGGUCUUAUAAGUGUGAAGACUGUGGGAAAGUCUUUAGUAAGUCCCCAACCCUCACAGCAUAAAAAAAACAGUACAGUGAGUGUAAGGAAUGUGGGAAAACCUUUAUUCAUCCUUCAAUAUUAAGUGAUAAUAAAAGAAUUCACAGUGGACAGAUCUUUAGGAAGGUAAAGAUGUGGGAAAGCCUUUAAUCACACUUCAACACAAAGUAAACAGAAGAAUUCACAAUUGAGGGAAGCCUUCACAACAUUAGAGAACACACUGGUGAGACGCCUCAGGAAUGUAACGACUAUGGGAAUGCCUUUAAUCUUCAACUCUAACAUUAAAGAACUCACAGGGGAGAGAGGCCUUAUUAAUGUGACGAUUGUAAGAAAAUCUUACCCAACACUAAUCAUAUGACAAUUUACAGUGAAGAGUUAUGUAUCUAAAGGACAAGGGGAAUAAACAUAAAGAACAAGAGAAAGGUAAAAUUCACACACAAUGACAUCAACUAAUUCUAGAUGCCUAACCAUUGUUAUUAUUUUUGUAUAUCCACACUAAUAUGCAAAAAUGCCUUUACAGAUUGUAAGGUGAAUCUUUACUUACUACAUACAGUCUUGGUAAACAAUCUUCUUCUGUUUUUUAAUCUUUUUUAUUGUUUUUUAAGAUGGAUUUGUUAGUCACUAAAGACUCCUAAGUCCAUUUCGA